GUAGCCCUUCCGGGGCGCCUGGCGGGGACCUCGGGUUCGGGCGGCCCGGGGCGGACGCCGGAGGCCCCGCCUUCCCAGCAGCCCCCGCGGCCCGCGAAGAUGGCGGCGACUCGGGCGCUGCUGGGCUGAGGCGGCUGCGAUGGAGCCUCCGGCAGCUCCGGGCCCGGAGCGGCUGUUCGACUCGCAGCGGCUCCCGAGUGACGGCUUCCUGCUGCUCGCGCUGCUGCUCUACGCCCCGGUCGGCCUGUGCCUCCUGCUCGUGCGCCUCUUCCUGGGGCUGCACGUCUUCCUGGUCAGCUGCGCGCUGCCCGACAGCGGCCUCCGCAGGUUCGUGGUGCGCACCAUGUGUGCGGUGCUGGGGCUCGUGGCCCGGCAGCAAGACCCCGGGCUGCGGGACCGCCGCGUCAGGGUGCUCAUCGCCAACCACGUCACACCCUUUGACCACAACGUGGUCAGCCUGCUCACCGCCUGCAGCACCCCUCUACUCCACAGUCUCCCCAGCUUUGUGUGCUGGUCCCGGGGCUUCAUGGAGAUGGACAGGCGCGUGGACCUGGUGCAGUCCCUCAAGAAAUUCUGUGCUUCCACCCGGCUUCCGCCCACGCCGUUGCUGCUCUUCCCUGAGGAGGAGGCCACCAACGGCCGAGAGGGGCUCCUGCGCUUCAGUUCGUGGCCCUUUGCUAUCCAGGAUGUGGUCCAGCCUCUCACGCUGCAAGUUCAGAGACCCCUGGUCUCCGUGACGGUGUCAGAUGCCUCUUGGGUCUCCGAACUGCUGUGGUCUCUCUUCGUCCCUUUCACGGUGUAUCAAGUAAGGUGGCUUCAUCCCGUUCAUCGGCAGCUGGGGGAGGACAGUGAGGACUUCGCCCUCCGUGUGCAACAGCUGGUGGCCAAGGAAUUGGGUCAGAUAGGGACACGGCUCACCCCGUCAGACAAAGCGGAACACGUGAAGCGGCAGAGGCACCCCAGGUCACGCCCCCAGUCAGCAGCCCAGUCUUUUCCUCCUCCUCCCAAUCCUUCCUCCGAUGUGCAGCUGGCAACUCUGGCUCAAAGAGUCAAGGAAGUCUUGCCCCAUGUGCCACUCAAUGUCAUCCAGAGAGACCUGGCCAGGACUGGGUGUGUAGACCUGACUAUCACAAAUCUGCUUGAGGGGGCUGUGGCUUUCAUGCCUGAAGAUGUCCCUGAAGGAGCUCAGUCCCUGCCCACGGCCUCUGCCCCAAAGUUCCCCAGCUCUGGCCCGGUGACCCCUCAGCCCACAGCCCUAACAUUUGCCAAGUCUUCCUGGGCCCGGCAGGAGAGCCUGCAGGAGCGCAAGCAGGCUCUGUAUGAAUAUGCAAGAAGGAGAUUCAGAGAGAGGCAGGCCCAGGAGGCUGACUGAGCCCAAAGGAACAGGAUGGGACCCAGAGCCGCAGGACGGAGCCUGGGGCGGCCUCACCCAGCUCACGACAGGCCGGAUGAGUGUGGGUGGUGAACAGGGAGGGAUGGAGUUCCCCCAAUGUCACAUUAAAGGCAGGGUUUUCAC